AUGACAGCGGAAGAGAAUACAGCUUCGGUCCGAACCCUUCUACAAGCCAAAGAAUGGGUCGGAUUCGAUCUAGAUGACACACUCCACGAAUUCCGCAGAGCAUCCACCGCCGCAUCACUUAGUGCAUUCAACCAAAUCCACAACGACUACUCCGUUCCCAUCUCAGCCCUCGAAUCCUCGUACAAUACUAUUCUCGCUUCAAAGACAGCGGGAGCUUUCUCCGACGGUAAAUCAUCAACCGAGUACCGGAGAGAGAGAUUCGCCGCGUUACUACAGAGCCAGGGAAUCCAGGUUGUUGGUUUAGAAGAAUAUAUGGAUUCUAUUCUGGUAUUGUAUAAGAGAUCCCUUGCCACCUCACUGACUUUGAAGCCUGGUGCUUUGGAUUUACUUACGAAGCUGAAAGAGCUCGGGAAGAAAGUUAUUGUCAUCACUGAGGGUCCACGGGAUGCGCAAGAAUGGACAAUCGGACAGCUUGGCCUGAAGGCGUUUGUGGAUGUUCUUGUAACGUCGAAUGAACUGGGGUUCUCGAAGACGGAUAGGCUGUUCCGAGAGGUAUUGCGACGACAGCGAAUUCAAGCAGACCAAAUGGUUUAUAUUGGGGAUAAUGAAGCUCGAGAUGUCUUACCGGCGCGGGAAGAAGGGAUCGUGGCCGUUCACUUCGAUGAGAAAUCCCCGAUAUCGAUUGACUUUGUGGGUUCGUUGCCGAAGGUGAAUAGUUUAGCUGGGCUGUACUCUGUGCUUAGGUCUUGA